CGGCGGCGCGGCGCGGCGCGGCGGGUGACUCGGCGGUGUAUUUCAGCGGCGGCGGCGGCUUGGCAAGGCUCGGGGCUCCUCCCCCCGUGUGGUGGUACCCUCUCACUUGAUCAAAUCCUUGAACGUGAACAGUUUCACUGAAAAGCACUUUUGAAAAAAAAAAAAAAAUAUCCAGCAACAGUAAGGAACAGAAUCCAACUACCGGGGAGAGUUUUUUUCCUUUUUCCCCCCACUUCUUUCCUUUUUUUUUUUUUUUUUUUUUCCUCCUGGUCAUCGUCUCAGAGGCUGAGAAAGAGUCAAGAGAAAACCGAAGAAGAGAAAGAAGAAGAGCGAGAGAAAGAGGCGCCUUUUGCAAAUAAUAAAUAUUAUAAUUAGAAUCCGGCCCCUUUCUUCCUAAAAAAAAAAAAAAAAAAAGCCCUAAACGCAGCGCCUCAUCCCCCCUCCCUCUGCAAGCCCCCCGACUCGCUUCGCAAAGGCAUGGAGAAGGGGACCAACAGCUUUCCGACCUGCCACACCAUUUUUCUCGCCUGGACAUGGUUCUUACUUCUCUCUUGGUGUUGCACCGGCGCCGAAAUAACUUGCAGAUCCUGCUCAUCUCCGUCGCCCUCCUGGCCGUCCUCCUCGUCUCGCCUUAGGCAGGAGCAGCGACAGCCGCCGCCGCCGCGAGGAUUACGGAGCUGGCCGGGCGGCCGAGCGCGGGGCUCGGUCGGGGCGGCGGCCGCCGCGGAGCCGGUGCCGGGCGCGGAGCCGGUGCCGGGCGCGGAGCCGGGGGGCCAAGCGGGGCCGCGGGGAGCGGCGCUCCGCGCGGCGGGGGCGGGAGGCGGCGCGCCCGGGAGCCGGGGCCCGGCGGCGCCGCGGACCCGCCGGAGCACCGAGGGGCGCCGGGCGCUGCCGGCCGGCGGCGGCCGGGGGGUGCCCGCGGCCGAGGGGCAGCGCGGCGGCCGCGCUCAGCCCCGCGGGCCCCCGGAGGACGCGAGAGCGGCGCGGCCGCGAGGGGCCGAGGAGCCGAGGCUGAGCAGCACCACCUUCGCGCUCACCGGGGAUGCGGCGCACAACCAAGCCAUGGUGCACUGGUCCGGACACAACAGCAGCGUGAUUCUCAUUCUGACAAAGCUCUAUGACUUCAACCUGGGGAGUGUCACAGAGAGCUCACUGUGGAGGUCAACAGACUAUGGCACUACCUAUGAAAAGCUAAAUGACAAAGUAGGCCUGAAGACUGUGCUGAGCUACCUAUAUGUCAGUCCCACUAACAAGAGGAAGAUCAUGCUUCUUAGUGAUCCAGAGAUUGAGAGCAGUAUCCUCAUCAGCUCUGAUGAAGGAGCUACCUAUCAGAAGUACCGUUUGAAUUUCUAUAUCCAGAGCUUGCUCUUCCACCCCAAGCAGGAGGAGUGGAUCUUGGCCUACAGUCUGGAUCAAAAGCUGUACAGCUCCAUGGACUUUGGAAGAAAAUGGCAGCUCAUGCAUGAGCGGGUCACCCCAAACAGGUUUUACUGGUCAGUGACUGGUUUGGAUAAAGAACCUGACCUUGUGCACAUGGAAGCCCGGACAGCUGAUGGACACACCCACUAUUUGACCUGUCGGAUCCAGGAGUGCUCCGAGACCAAGAGGAGCGGGCCCUUUCCGCGCUCCAUCGACGUCAGCUCCCUGGUUGUUCAGGAUGAAUACAUCUUCAUCCAGGUGACAACUGGUGGAAGAGCAACUUACUAUGUGUCAUACAGACGGGAGCCUUUUGCACAGAUCAAAUUACCCAAAUACUCCCUUCCUAAGGACAUGCAUAUUAUCAGCACAGAUGAGAAUCAGGUGUUUGCAGCUGUUCAGGAGUGGAACCAGAAUGACACCUAUAACCUGUACAUCUCGGACACCCGCGGGGUCUACUUCACCCUGGCCUUGGAAAAUGUGAAAAGCAGCCGAGGACUGGAGGGGAAUAUUGUCAUUGACCUUUAUGAGGUAGCAGGGAUCAAAGGCAUAUUCCUGGCUAACAGGAAGGUGGAUGACCAGAUCAAGACUUUCAUUACCUACAACAAGGGCAGAGACUGGCGUUUGCUACAGGCACCGGACACUGAUCUUAGAGGGGAUCCUGUACUUUGCCAGCUGCCCUUUUGCUCAUUGCACUUGCGCCUGCAGCUCUCGGAGAAUCCAUAUACUUCAGGGAGCAUUUCCAGCAAAGACACAGCUCCUGGGCUGCUGGUGGCCACAGGCAAUAUUGGCUCUGAACUUUCCUACACGGAUGUUGGCGUGUUCAUCUCUUCUGAUGGUGGCAAUUCCUGGAGACAGAUCUUUGAGGAGGAAUACAACGUUUGGUUUCUGGACUGGGGAGGGGCACUAGUGGCCAUGAAACACACGUCAGUGCCCAUCCGGCACAUGUGGGUGAGUUUUGAUGAGGGAAGAUCCUGGACUAAAUACAGUUUCACAUCAACACCACUUUUUGUGGAUGGAUCCCUUGUAGACCCUGGCAUAGAGACCCAGAUAAUGACAGUUUUUGGGCACUUCAGUCUCCGUUCUGAGUGGCAGCUGGUCAAGGUGGACUACAAGUCUCUCUUCAGCCACAGGUGUACCAAGGAUGACUACCAAACCUGGCAUCUGCACAAUCAGGGGGAGCCUUGUGUCAUGGGGGAGAGGAAGAUCUAUAAAAAACGCAAACCUGGAGCCCAGUGUUCCCUAAGUCGGGACUAUUCCCAAACUGUGGUGUCUGAACCAUGUGUCUGUGGCCAAGGAGACUUUGAGUGUGACUAUGGAUAUGAGAGGCACAGCAACAACCAGUGCAUUCCAGCCUUCUGGUUCAGCCCGUCCUCCCUGUCCAAGGAUUGCAACGUUGGUCAGAACUACUGGAACAGCACUGGGUACCGCAGGAUUGUGUCCAACAACUGCACAGAUGGCUUGAGAGAGAAGUACAUGGCCAAGAUGGAGAAAUGCCCUGGAAAAGCACCUCGGGGAUUGCACAUCCUCACCUCCAAUGGGAAGCUGGUCAUGGAGCAGGGGCACAACGCCACCUUCAUCAUCCUCAUGGAAGAGGGUGAUCUCCAAAGGACAAACAUCCAGCUUGAUUUUGGAGAUGGCAUUGCAGUGUCCUAUGCCAAUUUCAGCCCUGUGGAGGAUGGCAUCCGGCACGUGUAUAAGAGUGCUGGAAUCUUCCAGGUGACGGCGUAUGCAGAGAACAGCCUGGGCUCAGACACUGCUGUCCUGUUCCUGCAUGUGGUCUGUCCAGUGGAGCACGUCCAUCUGAGUGUCCCCUUUGUUGCCAUCAGAAACAAGGAUGUCAACAUUACUGCAGUGGUUUGGCCCAGCCAGGCAGGCACACUUACCUACUUCUGGUGGUUUGGCAACAGCACCAAGCCCCUCAUCACCUUGGAGAGCAGCAUCUCGUACAUGUUCACUGUGGAGGGGAUGAACACUGUCACCGUGCAGGUUGCUGGGGGCAACACCCUCAUCCAGGACACCAAGGAGGUCGCAGUGCAUGAGUAUUUCCAAUCUCAGCUCCUGUCAUUUUCUCCCAACUUGGACUACCAUAACCCUGACAUCCCUGAAUGGAGACAAGAUGUUGGCAAAGUCAUCAAGAGAGCACUGGCACAGGUGACUGGUAUUCCUGAUGAACAGAUCCUGGUGGCUGUGUUCCCUGGGCUGCCUACUUCUGCUGAACUCUUCAUACUGCCCCACAAAAACACAACUGAGAGGAGGAAAAGCAGUGAGGCUGAUCUGGAGCAAGUGGUAGAAAUCCUUUUUAAUGCUCUCAACCAGAACCUGGUCCAGUUUGAACUGAAGCCUGGAGUUGAAGUGGUUGUGUAUGUCACUCAGUUAACAUUAGCACCCCUUGUGGAUUCCAGCUCGGGUCACAGCAGUUCAGCGAUGCUGAUGUUGUUGUCAGUGGUGUUUGUGGGCUUGGCUGUUUUUUUAAUCUACAAAUUCAAGAGGAAAAUCCCUUGGAUUAACAUCUAUGCCCAAGUUCAACAUGACAAGGAGCAGGAAAUGAUUGGCUCUGUCAGCCAAAGUGAAAAUGCCCCCAAAAUCACCCUGAGUGAGUUCACAGAUCCUGAGGAGCUGAUGGACAAAGAGCUGGACACACGAGUGAUGGGAAGCAUCUCAACAAUUGCCAACAGUGAAAGCACAAAGGAAAUCCCCAACUGCACUAGUGUUUAAUACUGAGAAUCCACUUGGUCUACAGCAUUUCUGAAUUUUUAUUUGUAAUUAUUAUUGUUAUAAUUAUUAUUAUUAUUAUUAUUAUUAUUAUUAUGAAAAAAAGAAAGAGUUAUAUGUCAUUAUUAUCAUUUGGGAGGGAAUGGGGUGGGCUUUUUGUGUUUAUCAGGGCUGCAUUCAUAAAUAGCAGAGGUUCUUCAUAUUUAGGGAAUACACAUCAGAUUAGAAAUAAAAAGCAAAGAAUAAGUCAAGCGUGCAAAGAGAUUUGAAUGCCAGAUUCCUGUUACAUACAGAAUGGGAAUUAAUAUUCAAAUCCAAUAGAUAGGUGUCAUACCUUAGGCAAGAUGAUGUAAGUAAAUUGUCCCUUUUCAGCCCUUUUCAGAAUAAGUCAUGAAUCAGCUGCAUCAUCCAGCCAGAGGGUUCAGACUGGGUUGUUGGACCAGGCUCUGCAACAUGCCAACAUCCCUCGCUUUCCAAUGACAUGCAUGUCUCAGCUUUUUGCAGGAUCUUGCCUCUUUUAAUUGCUUUUAAUUUCAGUCACCCUCUGGCACUGCUGACUGCUGAGAAAGGGAAAAAACCAAAAUCAGAGCAAGCACACACGUCAGUGUUCCUUGGACUCCAGACUGGCUGGAGGGGACAGCACCACAAGCAGUGCAGGACAAGCCUGAGUUUAUGAAUGCAGCCCGAACCCUGUGCAUGUGAAUAGCGAGGAUGCCGAAGGCGUACUGUAGAUAACUACAAUGUACAUAGCUUUUUAUUUCUUGGGAAAUAAUUUAAUGUUUAGUAAAAGAAGAUAUGUUUAAAAGAAAACCUGAACCACACACACACAUGCACGCCCACGUGCACACACACACACACACACACACACAUGUACACGCCAGCCAAACAGGGACCCUGGUGGGCAUUGAGUCACACUUAGGUUCCAAGCGUGUUCCAGUUGUCUGUCAUAUUUCAAUCUGACACUGCUCUCUAUAAAGAGAGUAGUUUAUUUCUCUAUGUAUAACUGCAAGCCUUUUUUUACAUAUAUAUAUAUAUAUAUGGUGUCAUUUCCUGUGAUGGAGCAGAAAAAGAUAUUAGUAGGCCAGACUAUGAGCCUGUCAUGAAUAUUUUAAUGAUGUUUAUCAUCUAUUCAUCUCUUGUCACUGUUGCCCACUUCUGAGAAUGAUCUUAGUGGCAUCUGUCAGUGAAAAUGAGGAGAAGAAUCCUGAAAUUAUCACCAUCUCUGUGUGGGUAAAUAUCAGCAGCCUUGCCAUACCCAGCACAACCUCAGCUCAACAGUGGAACAGGUUGCAGUAACUUUAUUCCCAGGGGGAAGUCAUGCUUUUUGCAGCUCAGCUGAUGCAGUGAAGUGCUAUUUAGGAUGUGUAAGAGUAGUAAAUUUUGGCUGAACAUGAUGUAUGUGAUUAGGGACUGCUCUUUGGAGAGGGCAGUGGAGGGUCAGACCUGCAUUCAUGGGCUGUGAAAGGUUCUUUCUUGUGAGUGCUGCAGAAUGGCAGCUCCCAAUUCAGAGUAGAGAUUUCUGCAUGGAGGGCUGGUGUUUUCUGAUUAGAACAGGGAGGUUAAUGAAGAAAAAGUAUUGAAAAAGCUCUUUAGAAUUUUUUUACUACACUGAACUGAGGAUAUCCUUAUGAAGAGAUGGAGUUUUGGAGCAAGAGGUUGACUUAGUGGUGAGUUACUUCUUAUCUAUUUUUUUUUAGUUGAUGAUGUCAAAAAUGAACCUUAUUCUGCAGAAUAUGGAUUUAUAUGACCCAGCAGGAGGGAAAGGAAGAUUUGGGGCAUGUCUGGGAAGAUGUUCUAGUCUUUGUGUGCUAAAAGGAGGCAGAAAUGACAGCAGAUUACAAGGUUUGUUAUAAUUUCUUAGGAUCUGAGUACAGGACUUGAAUCACCUUUAAUAUUCCUGGGCUGAAAUGAGGAGAUGGCUGGAAUUUAGGUGUUACUUGCUAUCUCUCUGCAUUGCAACAGGCCACUGGGCUACAAACCAGCCUCAGCCACAUGUGUUCACUCUGUUAGUGGGCUGGAAUGUCUUUCAAAGGUUAAAAUCCUGAUGGCUCUGCAGGUGGAGAGAAAAGUGGUUAAACACAACUUUGCAGAACUCAGGAGGUUAUUUCAAGAUUAAUAUUGUAAACCUAAAAAAUAAGGAAAAACUCUUUCUUGAGAAGUACUAAAACUAAAUAUUCUCAGUUCUUUUCAAUCAGAUUUGUGGAUUUUUUUUUCUGUUAAUUUAAAAAUAUUUCUCUGCUGUUUUUCCCCUCACUUUCCUGCUGUGGUUUAUAAUACAAGGUGAAGAACGAUGGCUGUGUUAUUCUAUUUAACCUUGGUUUCCAUCUAUCACAAAUGCAUAAACUGUUCCAUUACUGUCUCUGUUCUACUGAAACACCACAGUAGUUUACAGUAAUGGCCCAGUCUGGUGAUAAGAUUGUUAGCACAAGGCCAUAGCUUCCCAUUUAGGCAUAAGUGGGAGGGAUGGACAUAAACAAUGGUCCCAUAGGCUUUGAGCUAAAUUGUGGGCUGAUCUCAGUCUUUGCUGAUCAUUAGGAUUUGAGGUACUGCUGUGGUGAGCUGCUGCAGAGGACUGAAUGUAAAAUACUCAGUAUUUUCUGUAUUAACCUUUUCUUUUAUAAACCAUGGGACAAAGUGAUGAUUUUAAUUGUUGUUUGGAAUUUUGUAGGUUUUUCAUGGGCUUCAUCUCAUGUUGUUUUAAUAAGAAAGGCAGAUGAUAACAGUUUUCACUUUUUUUUUCCUUAAAUGGGAGAAAGUAAGAAGGAAAAAUUUCACUUCUCAAAAAGAAAUUUAAUCUCAGUGAAGCUGAGAAAUUUCUGAAUGACACUUUUGCAGAAACAUCUGUCUAGAAAGUCAUUUUGCAUCCAAAAUGAUCCUAAAGUAUCCUGCAAAGCAAACAAGAAAAAUCCGUGAAGCCAAAACUGCAUGUCAGAAAAACCUGACUGAUUCUUAUGUUUGCUCAAAUUUCCUCUUCUGUGAGACUUGUUGGGUGUCACUGUGUAGUUGCCUCUCAGUGUAGUUUGUCACCUGCUGUCAGGACCAGGGUGUGGGCUCCAGGCACGUCCCCAAGGUGUGCAUGGGAUCACAUUUACCAGGUCAUUCCUGCUUCUUUAGGUCACAGUCAUGGCUGAUGGGGGCUGAAAAAAGCUUGGGGUCAUCGCUGAACUCUGCUGCUUUAGAAUGCAAGAAGGGUGAUUACUGCAUUCCUGUCUAUCCGUGGCACCUCUGUCAGGUUUGGACUGGGCAGCCAGCCCUCCUCACCAUUUUGAAAGCACUGAGCUGCAGUGUUAGCACAGAAUGGAGUCUUGGCCACUUUUAUUUGUCUUGCUGGGAAAUACCAACUUGGGGUCAUCAUUACGGUUUUUUCCCCUGCAAACUUUACCCCCAAGGGAAAUGUAGCAGAAAUCCUUGAAGCUGUAGAUUAUUAUUUACCUGAAUAACAAGGGAAAUAGGCAAUGUCAUCAAUGGAACAUAAAUAGCUCCCACACUGUAAUUAUGUAAAAAGAGGAAAUGAAAGAGAGGGAGAACAGAGAGCAAGAGACUGGGUCAGUGCCCUCUAUCACUGCCAGCCUUUCCCCUAGGAUGGAUUAGCUGUAAUUUAGGAAUAAUGCAUGAGAUCUGGAGACUAGAUGCAGCUUUUGGUUCUGUGUGGCUGAUAGUCUGACAUAAACCAUGAAUAGAUCCUUAGUUUAGUUUAACCAGUACUCAAGAACCCAGCAACUAAACCUGGAAGGAUCAGAGGUGAGAGCAGAGUGGCAGGGGGCUGCAGAAUGUUUCAGACACAGUUGUCAUCAAUGAGAACAUAUGUAGGAAGUGUGCAUUUUCUUCUGGACUAAACUUUGGUUUCACAAAUGUACAAAGAUGUCCUGAUGUCCUGAUCUCCUCCCUUUCCCUUCAAUCAGCUCCCACACAUAUUCCAGGUCUAAUGAACCAAACCAGAAUCCUCACAUUCUUUCUGAUGAUGUUGGACAGUGCAUUAAACCCAAACCACCAUCGUGGUUUCAAAGGAUUAAAUGAGACAGACAAUUGCAAUACCUGUAUUGAACACAGUAAUACAACUGCAUGAGUCAUAUAUAUACAUAUAUAUAUACUGUUCUUGGUUUUAUUGUUCCAUUUGAAUAUUUCUACUGUAAAAAAAGGCAGUGGUUUUGAAAUUGUUGAAAAUAAAUGUAUUUUUGUACAUCAGA